GCCUGUGCACUUUUCUUUUCUCAUACCAGACGAAGGGGCGGAAACGACACAUUUUGCUGUAGUCAAGCCUUGUAUUUUUGAUAUCAGAAACACAUAAACAACGACGUUAAAUUAACACUACAAAUAUAGACAUAAGUAUUGCUUUAUUUCGGAUCGGGGUGAAGUUUUAAAACCUUUUAGAUUUUUGAGAGAUCGAUGCCCGCUUGCUUCCAUCAUGCAACAAUCUUGACGUUGACCAGGAACCUGCUGGUCCCCAGGUCUACCUGAUGAGUAUGAGCCUGACUACAGAGCCCUCUAACGAUGGUCCUACUGUUACAGAAGAGAGCAAAAUGACAUCAACUGAGAAGAAGGAGAAAAAGGCAGAUGAUGUGCCAGAGGAAGAGGAGGAGGAAGAAGAAUAUGUGGUGGAAAAAGUCCUGAAUCGGAGAGUGGUGAAAGGGAGAGUAGAGUAUCUCCUCAAGUGGAAAGGCUUCUCGGAAGAUGAUAACACAUGGGAACCUGAAGACAACCUGGACUGUCCAGAUCUGAUUGCAGAGUUUCUGCAGUCUCAAAAAUCAGCACAUGAGGGAAAAAGGAAGGCAGCUGCAGAUGGAGAAGGAGAUGAAAGUAAAUCAAAGAAGAAAAAAGAUGAUACAGAGAAGCUACGAGGCUUUGCUCGAGGUCUGGAUCCAGAAAGGAUUAUUGGUGCAACAGAUUCCACGGGAGAACUCAUGUUCCUCAUGAAAUGGAAAAAUUCUGAUGAAGCUGACCUCGUGCCAGCAAAAGAGGCAAACGUGAAGUGUCCGCAGGUGGUUAUUUCGUUCUAUGAAGAGCGGCUUACUUGGCACUCAUACCCAACUGAAGACGAGAAAAAAGAUGACAAGAACUAACCCAGGGCAAAGGGGCUGGGGGAGAAAGAAACUGUAGUUUUGAACUUCAUUGUACUUUCAAGUGG